AUGAGCCCUUCCACCAUGCCCGCUCGCCAGGACGCCUACUCUGUCUCCAUCCCCAUCUCCCCCCCUCCUCCAUCAGAUCUCUCCACCUACAUGCGCUCGAUGCACCAACACACCAAGCGCCAGAUGGAGGCUGCCAACCGCUCUUCUACCAGAAGAUCUGGUGGCCGCACCAGCUAUCCCUCUAUCAACGGGCACCACUCUUCAUCAAGCCACGAUUCGUCUUACUAA